UUCCAACUUGUUUUCGUUCGACUUCCUAGAAGUGUCAGUCGAAGAAUGCUGCCAUGGCCUUCACCGUGGAAGCCGAAUGCGCGUUGACCUCGGAAGGUGAUGAGCUCUACCUUUGCGGUGCAGACCCGCUCUACGGAGCUUGGGAGGUGUCCUUGGCCGUGCAGCUUCGCACGAGCCCCGAGCAAUGGCCCAUGUGGACCGCUCAGCUCCCGUGCAUGGUGGGCUCUGAGUUUAAGCUACUGAUCCGGAGGCAGCAGGAGCGCGUGGACUGGGAGUCGAUCGGGAACCGAAUCAUGCCAGACACGCCCAGUCCAGAUCAGACGCUCUUUCUGCGCUUCGGGCAGAGGGAGAUGGAGCUGCGGGAGAAGACACCUGUGCUUGCUCCUAUACGUGCGCUCACGCUGCCAGUGUUGCUGGCAGACCGGCCGAGGGCAGGGAGCGAUGGCUACAGGUGCCGGUUCAUCAGUUCGGCGGGCGAGUGCAACUGCUUAAGUGAGCGAUACAAGCUGGAAGAGACCACGAUCGGGGAAGGUGGCUUUGGUUCAGUUCACAAAGCCUGGGAUCAGGCACUGGGCACCAUGCGUGCAGUGAAGCGCAUCGAGAAGUCAAAGGCCUUGUCACUGGAGGACGUGAACCGGGAGAUCGAGAUGCUCCGGGUCAUGGACCAUCCGAAUAUCGUGCGCCUUUAUGCCACCUACGAGGAUGAGCGUUUCCUCUACCUCGUCAUGGAGCUUUGCGAGGGUGGGGAGCUGUUCGACGCGCUGGCUGAAGCCACGCACCUCAGCGAACCCGUGGUGCAGGUGGCGAUGAGACAGGUCUUCGGCGCAGUGGCGCACUGCCACAGCAAGCAGAUCGUCCACCGAGAUUUGAAGCCGGAGAAUUUCAUCCUUCAGAAGAACGCCGAGGUCGAAACGUCCCCGCUGAAGUUGAUCGAUUUCGGCUUAGCCACCUACUGCCGGGAGAAUGAAGAGCUCACCGAUGCUUACGGCACGGUGCUGUAUGUCGCACCCGAAGUGCUCGGUGAGAAGUACAACCACGCCUGCGACGUCUGGAGCUGUGGAGUCUUGAUGUAUUGCUUACUUUGUGGAUCACCGCCUUUUCACGGCAAGAAUGAAAGUGACAUCCUGGCCAAAGUGGUGCGCGGGAGGUAUACCAUGCGUGGUGCGCAUUGGAUGCCGGUGUCCAGCCAGGCGAAGCACUUGGUCGCAAAGUGUUUGCAGAAAGACGUUCAGCAGCGGAUUUCCGCUGUGGGCGCGCUGAAUCACGAGUGGUUUGCCUGUCGCUUCGGGGAGAAGGGCGUUGAGACACCCCGUGACUUGCAUCGAGACUUGCUGAGCAACCUGAAGUCCUUCUGCGUCCAAAACCGCUUCAAGAAAGCCGCCAUGACCGCCGCCGCAUACCACCUCACCGAGGAGGAGCAGAAGGAGCUCCGCCGAACCUUUGAGAAAUUGGACACCGACGGCGAUGGAUUUAUGACCUUGCAGGACCUUCACCGUGGCCUCAGCGAUCUACCACAGAUGCGGGGCUUAAACCUGGCGCAGCUCAUGGACGAUCUGGACCGGAACCAGGACGGGCGCUUGGAGUACACCGAGUUCAUUGCGGCAGCCAUGGAUCAACGCCUUCACCAGAACGAAGCAUUGUGCUGGCGCGCUUUCAAGGCUUUUGACCGUGAUGAUGACGAUCGGAUCACGUAUCCCGAUCUUCUGCACGUCCUGCAGGAUCCAGAUCUACAGAUGGAGGUGCCGAACUGCCGCAGUGCUUGGCAAUACUUUGCCCGUAUGGACGAGGAUGGCGACGGCCUGGUGAGCUUCGAGGACUUCAUGCGGAUGCUCUCCACACAGAACACGCCGGUGUCCGCCUCGCUCUACACCAAGGCCACGUUCGGCGCUUUGUCGCCCACGCGGCACUCGGUGUCCACGAUGUUGGAGGAGGACACCGUCUCCCACGAGGAUUCGGCCGAAGAAGUGAUCUCGAAUGGCAGCUGAUCGGAUCGCAUGCAGGAUCUGAUGUUUUCAUCGAGGUUUGCACGAUCGCUGGUCUUGCGCGGGGCAUCAAACGACACACGAAUAGAC